UCCUCUGAUCUGGAUCGUAGGACAGUUCAUAGAGUUUAGUGGAUUUUUAUUUUGCGGGAUUUAAAGCAGAAGAAGAAGCGACAUAAAGCAGCUCCGGGACCGGCUCUGGGUCCGGGUCUGGAUUUACUUUAAUGCUCUGCACACACACAGAAGGUCCGCUGUGAUCCGGAUCCGUCGUGUUAUUUCUCUACAUACUUGAUAUUUCGUUGGACCAUGGUAGGGGAGAUGGAGGGGAAGGAGAAGCUGAGACCCAGUCCGGAUUAUCUGAUGCAGCUCAUGAACGACAAGAAACUGAUGAGCAGUCUGCCGAACUUCUGCGGGAUCUUCCAGCACCUGGAGAGACUCCUGGACGAGGAGAUCAGCCGUGUGAGGAAGGACAUGUACAUCGACACUCUGAACGGUUCAGAGAGGAUCAGCGAGUUGCCGGACGCCGUCGGCCCAAACGUCCAACUGCAGGAGAAACUUUACGUCCCCACGAAGGAGCAUCCUGACUUUAACUUUGUCGGGAGGAUUCUGGGUCCUCGUGGUCUGACGGCAAAGCAGCUGGAGGCGGAGACAGGAUGUAAGAUCAUGGUGAGAGGGAGGGGCUCCAUGAGAGACAGGAAGAAGGAGGAGCAGAAUCGAGGGAAGCCUAACUGGGAGCACCUGAACGAGGAUCUGCACGUCCUCAUUACGGCAGAAGAUGCUCAGAAUCGAGCCGAGAUCAAACUUAAACGAGCCGUGGAGGAAGUCAACAAGCUACUGGUGCCUGCAGUGAGUCACCUGACGUCUGACCUUCGACCUCUAUUAUUACCUGCGGAGGGGGAGGACAGUCUGAAGAAAAUGCAGCUGAUGGAGUUAGCCAUCCUGAAUGGGACAUACAGGGACGCUAACAUCAAACCCUCCUCCCUUGCCUUCUCUCUUGCAGCCACCUCUCAGACGCCUCGUUUCCUCUCAGGUCCCGCCCCUGUGGUUGCCCCGCCCACAACUCUACGUACACCUGCCCCCGCAGGCCCCGCCCUCAUGCCUCUGCUUCGUCAGAUCCAGACAGUGUUGCCCAAUGGGACACCUCAUCCAGCAGCUCUGAUGCCGGGAGCGGGGCCUGAGUCCGGUCUGAUCUAUGCAGCUCCAUACGACUACCCCUACACUUUGGCGCCAGCCUCCAUCCUGGAGUAUCCACUGGACUCUGGUGGGAUGUUAGGGGGGUGAUGUUGCUCAAACAAAAUGUUUUUAAUUGAACUUCUGCUGUCAGGUGAUGUGGCGUGAACGAGGCAUUCAGGUACGGCUGUGUUCACUCUGCCUUUACCGUUGGCUGAUUGGCUGAUGAUGUUUGUGCUGCUGUUGAUGUGCCUCAGAGCUUCCUGUUGCACAGAGAACCUCACAGAGUUUGAUGUCAGAAACCCUGACGUGGCAUCAGGUUCUAAACCCGAUGUCAUGUGGCGAGAGCUUCCUGCACUAAAAUCUGUAACCUGUAAAUCUGUUACUGAGAACUGCACUGAAGCUGAUGCACCACUAACAUGCCUCCAACACACCUCUAUUACCUGUCCAACGCACCUAAACACAUCUGUCUCGCACCUCCAACAUGCCUGUAUCACACUUCUAUCACACCUCCAACACGCCUCAACAUGCCUCCAACACACAUGUAUAACACCUCCACCGGGCUUCCACACACCGCCAAGAUGCAACCAACACUCCUCUGGUACACCACUGACAAGCACAGGUCAAUGCUAACGGCUAAUUGUAAUUGUAAUUUUAUAUACAACUUCAAAGGUCUCGCUGUUCUCGGCAGAGGUUACAAGGAAGUUUAGUUGCAUUUAUAACCAGAGGACCAAGAGGCAUAAAACUUAAUUUAGGGCAUGAAAUAUAAUUUUUAAUUUCAUUUUAUUCAGACUACACCUUUUUCUCGAAACUUUUUCUCACACAUCACAAUUUUUAAAUAUCACAUUUCUGCUUUCAGUUGUUUCCUUAAAUAUUAUUUUGUCAUGUUAUGAUUUUAUUCUCUGGUUCUUUUUUAAUACUUGCAGAGAAGUCACACUUACGUCUGGUCUGCUGUCACCUCGAUGCCUCUCAGAUCUCACCUGUAACCAGAGUCUAUUUACUUUUGUGCCUUAACUUGUAUUUGUAAUGAUUUCUGUCUUUGUGUAGAUGUGAUUAUGUAAUCAUGUGUUGACGUACCUGUACCUGUGUGUACCUGGACUGUUGUGUGACACCGUGGACCCCCCUGACGGUUUGUGCCUGUCCCACAAUCCACCGCUCUGCCGGCAUCUGUUCACCGACAACCAACAAAGUCCACCAUAGUCUGCCAGAUCCUAACAGAGUUCACCAAAACCUGCCACAGCCUGAGUUAACAUUAAUAAUAAUAAUAAUAAUAAUAAUAAUAAUAAUAAUAAUAGUAAUAAUAACAACAACAAUAAACUUUACUUGUCGAGAACCGUUCACACAAUAAUUGAAGCUCAAAGUGCUUGACAAGGAAGAAAUCACGUGCACCAGGUGAGUGUUUCACAUAGAAAAGCCAGAACAGAAGAAAUAAAAACUGAUAAUCAAUGUAUGUAAGAUAAGACGGAGAAUAAAAACUCACUUGAUAAUGAUAGUAAAAGUUAGAUUGAAUAAAGAUGGAAGUUAAACUCAAGACAACAAUUUAAGUUUAAGUGCAGCAGUCCGUCAGUGUGAGGCAAAGCACAGGUUCAGGUCUGUAUCAGGAGGUCAGAACUGACCAGAACUCUCCUCUUGGUUCUGGUUCAAGUUGAGCUGCAGAGUUCUUCUCAGUGUUUUUCUUCUGGAGGUCAGUAAAUAAUGUAAUACAGUAAUCGAGAUCCAACAGCAAACUCCAGCAGAGUGAUGGUGUUUGUUAGGAACAGACAUGUUAAAAUAACUUCCUGCUCUGUUACUUUGAGGACUUCAUGGAUCCACCAUGAUGUUGAUGACAAAUAUGGAGCAAACUCUUUAAAUCAUUUGGUCGUUUAGCUGUAAGAAGAAAGCGGUUUGAUGAGAAAGCUGAUGUUUCUGUUGAUGCUUGAAGGUCAUUCAUCUCCAACAUACAACAACCACAAUAAGAGUUGGACUCUGAGUAGCCCUCAUCCAAAAUAAUGAAAGUCGUCAAAGCCAGUAACUGCCAUCCAUAAUCAGUCAGAUCAUAGAUGGUAAAGUUGUAUAUUUUGGAGAAAAAAGCAGUGACAUUUCUCCAGAAAAGCAAUAUUCUAGAAAGAAAACUGUAAUAUUUCCAGAAAAAAACUCAGAGCAGAUAAUUACACGGCAGAAAGAGUGCCGUCUAUCAGCAGAAAUGUUUUCCUCUCUCUUUCAGAAGCAGAAUCCUGUAAAGAAUCAGAAGAUUAAGAGUUUUGUCACUGCAACCGUCAAACUGUAAUCUAUUAAUCUCAAAUCAAAGUAACAAAGAGGCAACACUGACAAAAUGAAACAAGUCGAUGUGAUGAAAGUGCACAGUCCUGGUUAAACCUGCUGUGCAGACACCGGAUCAGUCUAUCACAUGGACAGACUUCGUCGUCUAAAGUCAACACAGGCGAACUCCGCCUGGUUGGAUGUUGUCUGUCUGUGGCAGGUUGCGUUCAGGUGCCAAUGGUAAACUUGUGCGUUUGCUGUCAUCUGUCUGUAAUGACCAUAGUUUGGUGGCAUUCAGGGAUUCUGGCCAUCGUGUCACUACAAUACACAAGAUGUCAAACCUUUUUUUUUAAUGGAGAACAUCAUCCUUAGUUACAGGUUUUUUAUCUGUCGGCACUUUGCUUUGAGGAGACAGGAAAUGAAGCCUUGUGUCUCCAAAGUGUCACUCGUUAUAUUUUUGUUCAGUGUAUUGUAUUUACUGCAAAAUUAAUUCUGAGGUUGAUAAUUUUGGGUAAUCGAUCAUUUCAGUCAGUUAUGUUGUGAAAAAUGGGGGUUGGGGGUGUGAAGCUUCUGACCCCCAGCUGAGCAGAUUUCCAUUAUUUCAUUUAUUUACAUGUAUUCAUUUGGCCGAUGCUUUUGUCCAAAACAACAUAGAAAUGAUCCUCCUGAAGGUUGUUUUUGUUAAUUGUAAAUAUUUCUAUAAAAUGUCCUGGUGAUGGAGAAAACAAAAAAAAUGUCUUCAUGAACGCACCUCAAUGACAGAAAUCGAUGGUUGAACUAAAAGAUGGUCAUUCUUGGUGCUCAGUUGGGAGAACAUGUCUCAGAUAAUCUCAGAGCGAAUCUUUCAUGGUUGUUUCCAGGAUUUUAGAAAUACUGACAUCAUGUGUCCAAACAGGAAAACUGCACCUUCCAGACGCUCCCAGCGCAGACCAGCAAUACUUGUUGAGAUGCAGGGCUUCACUCAUCCUGGUAGUCAUUGGAGAAAGUUAUCCAGUUAACCACCUGCCAUCAGUUUUAGAUUCACUGUCCAGUGUAACAAACUGCAGUUCAGCAGUAAACAGAUAUGAUGAAUGUACAUUAUGUAGUAUCACUGAACGCAGCUAUAAACACUAAGAAUAAUGACUAAUGUAUAGUAUUUAUUGUCAUGGUUCAGUUUUUAGGGACCGAUAACAGAAACGGUGUCAGAUUCACAUGUUUCUCAUCACUCGGCUGAAAAAUAGAAACACAUGAAGCGACUGAAUGAAACCUGGACGAAGAUCUUCAGCUCACGACAUCCAGCCGACUCAGCUGUUCAGGAUGUCGGCUGUGAGGAAGCUCUUGGACUUCUGUUUGUCUUUAAACGUGACAUCAUACAUCUGUUGGCUUUAUCUUCUUUUCAUAAACAGGCUGAAAAAUCUGCUCUGAACAUUUGAUGUUGUCCUGCUGCUCCUCCUCCUCCUCCUCCUCCUCCUCGCCGCCGCAGCAGAUGUUUUAAAACCUCGGACAAACCUCAACGAUGACGAUUGAAGGAGAAUAAAUGUGACCUGAGCAGCUUCAGGUCAAAGCGUAUUCCACCUGAGACACUUUUUAUGUUUCUCUGUUUUUUUACUUUUGUUGUUUUUUGUUGUUGCAAAGAAAUUACUGUAGUAUUUUCUUGUAGUUUGCCGAAGUAUAGAAAUAUAUAUGUGUAUACAUGAAAAGUUUAAGCGGGAAUGCUGAUGAGAUGUAAGAUUUGACUUUGAUUAUUGAAUUAUUAUUAUAAUUAACAGCCCAGGCACCAGAAUAAAAUACUGACAUUUGUACAUUUCUGCAAGUUUCAUAUGUACGACAUCAGUGUUUCUACAGCAGAUAUCAAAGUGACCUUCUUCAGAUUACUGGUACACGUAUGUGAGGAUGAGGAGGGGGCGGUGGUGGUCUGACAGGCAGCAGACCCCUGUUUGAGCCACGUUUGAGCUAAACCAGGUGUUUACACUGGAUGAUCUUUUCCUAAAGCUAACCGGACUGUUUUUACCACAUAAAACUGAAAACUGAGACAUUAAGAAACAAGAAGUUUCAGCAGAAACAUUAAAUGGCUGUUUUUAUUCUGGUGUUUGGGGGCCAGUUGGGGGCUGUCCGUAGAAAAACUUUAUUUUGGCUCUUUAGGAAUAUUGGCUAUUUGUGACUCAAAAGA